GGUGUCUGCGGCAGCUUCACGCGCGCUCAUUUGAGCGGAGACGCAGAUCGCUGAUUGCACACUAAACUGUCUGAGUAGAAGCGGAGAACCAUCCAACCUGUCACCAUGAAGAGGACCGCUCUGUUCGUGUUCGUCGCCGUCUGUGCUCUCUCAGCACUGUCAUUGGCUGAAGACAAAGGUAAAUCCAAACCUUCUGCGACCAUGUCACCGCCAGGGGAGUUUGGCAAAACAACAAUUAAGCCCUCUACCAACACCACCACCCAUGCGCCCAACACCACCACCCAUGCGCCCAACACCACCACGCAUGCUCCCAACACCACCACGCAUGCUCCCAACACCACCACCCAUGCGCCCAACACCACCACGCAUGCUCCCAACACCACCACGCAUGCUCCCAACACCACCACUCAUGCUCCCAACACCACUACCAGCAAGCCGACAACAACCACAAAACCUCCCAUCACGCCUGCUCCCACUGCCCCACCUAAAAUGACUGUCGGUAACUACACCUUGAGAGAUAAAGCCGGGAUUUGCCUGAUGGCUAAGAUGGCGCUGCAGAUCCGACUGGCAUCGUCAAAGCCCAAUGGAGCCUUCAUUCUUCAGCCAAAUAAGACCACAGCCGUUGGGAACUGUGGCGAACGCAAAGCCAACCUUACCCUUACCUUCCCAGAGGGCUUCAUCACCUUCAUGUUCAAUAAGAGCACAGAAGAUAAUAUGGGCUAUGUUAAUGCUCUAUAUUUCAACAUCUCCUAUCCCUUAAGUGCAGGAGAUAAUGCCCAGCACACUGCCAAAAACGAGUCAGUGCAUCUCUUCGUUGCAAAGAUCGGAAACUCCUUCUCCUGCAAGAAUGAAUCGCUCUUCAUGGGGAACAUGCUGUACAUGGAUGUCACUCAGAGUCAGAUGCAAGCCUUCAAUCUGACCAAAAGCGGCGAAUUUGGCCGACCUGACAGGUGUGCUGCUGACCAGCCUAACUACCGUGUUGCCAUUGCGGUGGGAGUGGUGUUGCUGGUGCUCAUCCUUAUAGUGGUGGUGGCCUACCUGUUGGGCCGCAGGAGGAGGACCGAUGGCUACCAGUCUCUGUGAGAGAGGCUGGACAGAGGUCAAUCAGAGAUUACUCCCAUUAUACACCAAAGUCAGUGAGGCUGUAAUCUGUCUCAGGGCCAAAAGGGUACUUCCACUUAAGACUCAAUUGCCACAUUUUCUGUCCUUUUGCUCUCAUUUACUUUAUUAUAAACAGUGUUUUAUCUAGAGGUCCCAUAUAUAGAGGCUGGAGCUUGCCACUAAUACAUUCAUUAAAACCUAAAUAAAACAAGUCAAACUAUAAUGGUUAUAGCAUGGAUCUGAAAAAUGUUUUGAUGGAAUAUGAAAGGUCAACAAACAAGUGGAAGCAAAUUAUAUUUUAAAACAGUUACUUUUUAAACUAAGCAUUUUAUAAUUUCAUUUUAAUAAUCAAUUAUUAAUUCAUUAUUUAAAGACAAUGCUCAAGACUCCACACGUUUAGAUUGUAGAAGGCCAACAUUAUACAACGUUUUUUUUUUAAUUUAACAUGCCAAUAGCCAGUCGUUCUGUGGAAAAUAACCGCAAAUGACAAGAGCUUAACCCCUGAAUUAUAUUUUGAUAUUUUCAUCAAGGCUCUGAUAUAGCAUCUGUCUCACUAACAAUUAUGAUGUUAAUAAUGACCAAUCCAUACAGACUGACAGCUUCAUGGAUAAAACUGACUAAAAUGUCUCUCGGAAUAAGUUCAGGGUAUUCUUUCCCAUAGACAUCUAGUGUAAUGGCGGUCAGUACUGUGAUAAUGAUGUGUUUUUAUAUGAAAUGUUUGACAAGAGGCUCCCUUCAUCAGUCUGACCCCACAUUAACCCCUCACUGAGCAAUGGAACUCUGAAGAUAAAAUAAAGUCAAGAUAAAAUGAAGUCAGAAUUUACCAUCCUCUGUCUAAAUGAUAUACAUGCAUAUAUAUGCAUACGUGAUAAAGCACAUUUAAAGUUUCUUUCCUGUAGUGGGAUUAUGUGUUUAAAUGUUUAGUUAUUUCUUUGUUUUUGUAUUGAGUCAAAUCAUGUGUUUUCCAUCACACAGGGUCUUAUUGUAAAACAGAAGGGAAGGUAUCCAAUCACUAACUUUACAGGUGAUCAUACUGAGUGUUUUUGCAAUAUUAAUCAGCACAAAGGGAAAAGCAGAAGUAUGUUUGUCUGGGAUUAUUUCUACACUGCAACAUUAAUUGCACUGAUUGCUGUUCAAACUGAUUAACUAUCUUUUUCAUACUGUAUAUGUAGCUGAUGCUGUACUUCCAUGCAAGUUCAGUGAUGCACUAUCCAUGCAGGUCAGUAAUGAGUGUAGUCCAAUUCGGAUCUGUAAUAUGUCAUACAUUCGUGACAUCUUAAGAGUCCAUCUCUACUCCCCCUGCCAAGUCUACUCUGACACACAGCACUGCCUUAAAGGUACAUUUUGAUAUUUUGGGAAAUGCCUAUAUGCGCUUUCUCCUUUUCUCAAUUUCAGUUAGAGUACACAAGUUCUGAUUCCCAAAUGCUUGCAUCAUGUUAGGGUCAGUUCAUCCAAAUUAUAAAAAGACAUACUUCGUCCCAUACUGUCCCAUAAUAUCUAUCUAUGGUUUAAGUUGUUUUUAAGAGUCAGAUUGUUCUUGAACGUCACUUGAAUACAAUGAUGGUGAAUGGAGCUGAAUUUGUGUCUCACAAGUUGAAAAUGUUAUCUUAUUCAGUAGAAAGUAGUUCCGGUGAAAACUGUUGUCUGGACAAUAUCAGAGUAACAAGGACACUGUUUCUAGAAAAAAAACAAGCUGCUGAGGAGUUUGUUAGGACAUCUCUCAAUGCGGAGCACCUUCACUGUCAUGGGGUGGGAGCAGAAAUAUCAGAGGCCGAUAUCUGAAAACUUAAAUAGGCUAGACUUACCUUUAAAUAAUGCUUUGCAUGGCAGUAUUAUUAUAAUAAAGCGUGGCAUGGUGGGUGGAGGAGACUCUGGGUGUGAUAUCACUGAUUGGUUCCAGUCUGUCCCCUUUUGUAUCUUCUCUCAGUAAUUGUCAGCUUCUGCAGUAGUUGUAAAAUGGUACAGUUGGACUCACUGAAUUGAUGACCUGCUGCUCACAUCUGCAGUACCAGAUUUUGUCCAUCAGGUGAAGUUAAAGUUAAAAAGGGAACAGAAAUGAGGGAUGGUACUGUCUGUACAGUUAUCCACAGUGUGUGAGCACUUUUACCUGUUGUUAACUUCUUGCCAAUAAAGUAUGAUAUAUUUCUAAA